AUGUCGUCAUCUGCUAGCGACAAGUUGAAAUCACUAGAUGUCAUAGGACAGCUAGAAGAAGAGCUUGAAGAGGAGCCUUUGGACUAUGCGAAAUGGCAAAAGUUGAUCAAAUUGGUUGUAUCCAAAGACAAGGAGAGUCAAGUUGAGCAAGUAUUCAAGAAAUAUUUGGCCAUAUUCAAGUAUGAUGGUAAACAAUGGUGUAACUUGAUUGAAUAUCAAUUGAACAGAAGUCAAUUUGAUAAGGUGGAAAAGCUAUUCUUGAUGUGCUCACAAACAUGCAAAACUGUUGAACUUUUUAGAUUAUAUGUUAGUUAUGUACGUCGUGUGAAUGAUGUGAUAACUGGAGGUGAAAAUGCCCGUGGGAUUGUCAUUCGAGCGUUUGAUGUAUCUAUUGCAGAGGUUGGAAUGGAUUUGAACUCUGGUGAUUUAUGGAAUGACUAUUUAGAUUUCUUAAAGAGUUGGACUCCUGGUACUGUCUGGGAAAAGCAACAAAAGACCGACCUUAUUCGUAAAGUUUACAAGAAGUUUUUCUCUAUUCCCACUAAGAAUAUUGAGACGGUAUGGGCUCAAUAUUCUCGAUGGGAAAAUGAAACCAAUGCUACUACUGCUGGGAGAUUUAUAUCUGAAAAUUCUGCAGAUUAUAUGAACUCAAGAUCGUGGAAUACCGAAUGGAACAACAUAACAGGAAGACGAUUAAUUAGAGAAAUUAUCCCAGGAGAUAUUAAUAAUGAAGUUGUUCAACAUCAACUUUCCUUAUGGAUGAGUUGGCUUGAAUUUGAAAAGGGGAAUCAAUUGGAAAUCAAAGAUGAUAAGAUAUUAUCUCAACGAGUAGAAUAUGUCUACCAACAAUGUACAAUGUCAUUACCAUUUGUUCCUGAGGUGUGGUUUAAGUAUAGCAAUUAUUUAUUUCGCUUAAAUGAAGAUGCAACUUCAAGUAAAUGUAUCGACAUAAUUAGAGAUGGCUUAGUAUUAAGUCCCAGGAGUUUGUUGUUAACAUUUCAAUUAGGUGAAUUACUUGAGAAUAAUAUUGGUGAUUCAAGUAAUAAUAAUAAUAAUAAUAAAGAAAAGGAGACUAUAAUUAGUGGGAAUGAAACUGAAGAUAGUUUCAAUGAAAUAAAGAACGUAUAUACAGAUUUGGUUCAACGUCUAAAUCAAAAGUUGGAUCGUUUGAAUCAAUCUAUUGAUACUAUCAAGGGCACAAGGAGUACCUUAGAAACCAACAACAAUAUUGGUUCACUUGAUGACUCAGAAACACCUCAACAGCAAACUGUAUCACAAUAUUCUCAAAGUCAAACGCAAGAACUUGAUAAACUAGAAACCCAAGCUCAAGACAUCAUCAAAUCGAAAACAUUAGUUUAUAUUAAGCUAAUGUUGGCAUCCAAAAGAAUACAAGAAUUAAAUAAAUGGCGUAUGAUAUUCAAAGAGGCUAGACAAGAUACUACUGUUGGACAUGAAUUAUAUGUUCAAUCUGCAUUAUUGGAACAUUAUUCUGGUAAUAAGAGAACCGCGCAAAAGGUUUUUGAGCUUGGUUUAAGACUUUUUGGUACUAAUGGAGAUUUCUUAUUACAAAAUUUGAAGUAUUUAAUUUCUCAUUGUGAUGUUGAUAAUAUCAGAAACCUUGUACAAACUUCAGAUACCAAUAUUCUGAAAGAAAUCAGUUUACUUAACGAGGAAAGAGAUAAACCUUCGCUUAAUGAAUAUGAGAAGGGGAAAAUAACUAGGAAAAUUGAACUUUUAAAAACUCAACUUCGGAAAAUCUUCAAGUGCUAUAUAGAUUAUGCCUUUUCAUAUCUUUCUCUUGAUUUGGCGAAAACUCUUAUUUCCAAAUAUGAAACUCUUUUCCCCGAAGAUGAUGCCAUAGAUUUAUUUACUAAUCGGUAUCUUCUUGGACUGAGAGACUUAAUUAAAGAAAUGGACCUUGGGGUACGAGAAAGAGAGAACGAUGAAUAUGAAGAUGACGAUGAUGAUAAACGCCCUAAAAAGAAGCAAAGAUCUAAUAAAGGCUCAAAUGGUGGUAAUACUAAUAAUAUCAUGAGUAACGUUAAUUUGGGGGGACACCAAGGGUUCUCAUCAAAUGGUAAUGGUAGUACUACGUAUGAUGAUCAUAUUGAUGACGUGGAACAGUACAACCCUAUAGGAAAGAAUAUAACCAAUUUACUUCGUAUUUUACCCAAUGCUUCUUAUUUUGGUUCUAAAAAUGAUUAUACUUUUGAUAGCACCAAAUUGGUUGAGUUAUUCUCCAAUUUACCUGAUCGUGAUUAA